CGACUGCACAUGACAAAUAUCUCACAACGCUCAAAGAUAUCGUUACAAGUAUUUUUGUUACAACAAAUUGGAUAGUUCCAGCAAAAUAUUUUAAUUCGAAUUUAGUUCUUAGUCUUAUUCAUCGUCAUUGUUGUUUUCAUUGUCUAUCAAUAUCGUGGUGUCUUCUUGGCUCAAAUCUAUUGUGCAGAAAUUCCAAAAUGUCCGAGGACCCAAACACAACCAACGAAUAUGAAAAUCAAGCGAUUCAAUCAAUUGGCGAGAAACUUUAUUUGGACGAUGAGACAGCCGAUGUGUUUUUUGCAGUGAAAUCAAAUGAUGACGAUGUAGUCGAACGAAUUCCGGCGCACAAAUGUCAAUUGGCUGCCAUAAGCAAUGUAUUCAAAGCAAUGUUUUAUGGUAAGAUGAAAGAAUUGGGCGACGUGAAAAUUACCGACAUUCACGUCUCCGCAUUCAAAGAGUUUUUACAAUUUUUCUACCUCAGUCGAGUUCAGUUGACAAUGGAAAACUUGUGCGAGGUAAUGAAUUUCGGCCACAAGUACAAUGUAAGCGAAUGUCUAAACGUUUGCUUGAGAUUUCUGAAAGAUUCAUCCAUCUCUGAAGAUGUCUGCAAUAUUUACCAUGCUGCCAUCGUUCUUGAUCUCUCAGAAUUCAAACAAAUCUGUGAAAACUUUAUUACACUCAAUACCGAAAACGUCUUUAAGUCCGAUGGUUUUAUGAAAUGUACAUCCAAAGUUUUGUGCCACAUUUUAAAAAUAAAUCUUUUGUCGUGCUCGGAAAUGGACGUAUUCAAGGCGUGUGUAUCGUGGGUCAAAGCUUUAAGUAAACAAAACGAAAUAACCAAAGAAUCGCUGCAAGCGUACCUCGGUGAUCUAUUUUAUGAAAUUCGCUUCAGAUCGAUGUCGAUUGAACAAUUUACUGAACUGAUUCCAUCAUUUGGACACCUAUUUUCGAUCAAUGACAUACAGGAAAUUAUUCAGAUGAUUCAAUCCAAAGAUUUUAAACCAAAAUUUUUCAACGAAAAAUUUCGCAAAGCCGAAUGGGACGAGGUAAAGAUAGUUGAAUGUGAUCGAUUGGCAGAUGAAGAGGUCGAAGAAUAUUUUUACAUGAAUCCGAUUGAAUCGAUAACAUUCUCAACAAACGAACCAGUUCUUCUCGGUGAAUUCGAUUGCCAAGCCCUAAAAGUCUAUCGUGACGAAGCGCAUCAUGAUUUAAGAAGUGAUCUGCCAACUGAAAUAACAAUAACUGAAAAUUCACAUUCAUGUGGCUCAUCUAGAAUUCUCUCCCAAUUGAAAGCAAACCUUGGAUCAAAAAAUAAAACGGUUGUUACAUUAACAGAACCAGUAUUAAUUCGACCUGGAUUCAAGUAUACGAUCGAGCUGAAACAAAGUGUCGAGGGUCAUUGCUUAAAAGGUCUAUAUAUGGAGGAAAUCGUGAAUAUGGAUUUCGAUAUUACCAUUAAUUUUCAUAGUUGCAACAUCUCGAAAGAUACUAAAAAUAUAGUAAGUCCCAUCAGCGUUCUCAAAUUCAAUCGAAUAUAAAAAAAUAUUGUAAAUCUUCUCUCAUUGAUAAAACAAGCGUAAAAUGAUUUUUAUAUAGCUUUUAUUUGAAUGUUAAAUUCGUGUCAAAAUAAUAUUGAACAAAUUAUAUUGCGUUUUCUUAAAAUAAAUCAAAAAUGUUCUCUAAAAGAAAAUAAUUUUCUAUGAGAAUUAUUCCCAUCAUAACACAGGAUAAACAUAAAAAAUUAAAUUAAUUAUCAUGGUUUGCACGUAAUCAUUACUUUUUUCCAGAAAAACUGAUACGCAGCAAAUUUAUGUCGUCGAAAUGAAAAG